CGGAACCCCGCCCCAUCCCUUUCUCUUUCGCCUUUGAUAUUCACUCGCGACCUGCUUUGCCUUCGCCUCGCCGUUUGCUACCGCCUUGUCUGCCCAGCAUGGGUCACGAGGCUGUCUGGAAUUCUCACCCUAAGGGCUACGGUCCAGGCUCCCGCACCUGUCGGGUUUGCGGAAACUCAUGCGGAAUGAUCCGAAAGUACGGCAUCAACACUUGCCGUCAGUGCUUUCGCAUCUACUCCAAGGAUAUUGGCUUUGUGAAGUACCGCUAAAUGGACGACGGAGGUUUUUUUUCGAGGGUUAUUACUAGUGUUUCGGAGGUCUCUGUGUGCCUGUAAAACUCUUUACAUAAAGCAGUUUGCGGUUUUGUGGCCUUAACUAUUUUGAA